UGUGAUGGCAAGGCAGUGAAAGACUCCUCGGUUCAGCUGGAUUUAACACAGUAACCCUGGAGAGCAGAUAUGAAGAGAAAAGUCCCUCCAAGCUCCAGAUGGGCCGAGAAAAGAUCUUCUGUGGUUUAUGCCGUACGCGCAGCCACGCUGGGCUCCUGGAGGAUGCUCACUCUAGGGCUGGAGUACCAGGAGACAUGGGCACCUUCACCUGACAAGAGCCGCAGUCCUGGUCGGCGGGUAGAGGAGGAGCCGCCGGAGCCAGAAGGAGAUGAUACCUGCACAGAGAAAACACCGUGGAAAGCCGCUAACACAGAACAUAAAUACGACGCAGUUUUACACCUGGACGGGCUGAGCAGAGAGGGGAGGAAAGACGGCGUGCGUCAGGUAGUCAGGAAGCACGAGACCCUAAACAACACGCCAUGGCCUCAAAGAAUGGCUCGCUUCGCAGAAGAUCUACCCACCCGCUAUGGAGGGAGCGCAGGCAGCGGAGGGAGAGGAGGACCGCCGGGCGCCGGGAGAGGGGGAGCCCGGGGUGGUGGCGCUGCGGGCGGCCAGAGGGUGUACAAGCAGUCCAUGGCCCAGAGAGCCCGGACGAUGGCCAUUUACAACCCGAACCCCGUCAAGCAGAACUGCUUCACUGUCAACCGCUCCCUCUUCAUCUUCAGAGAGGACAAUCUGAUCAGGAAGUAUGCCAAGAGAAUAACAGAGUGGCCUCCAUUUGAGUACAUGAUCCUGGCUACGAUUAUCGCCAACUGCAUCGUCUUGGCCCUGGAGCAGCAUCUACCUGCCAGCGACAAGACACCCAUGUCAGAGCGCCUGGAUGACACAGAGCCCUACUUUAUUGGAAUAUUCUGUUUCGAGGCUGCCAUUAAGAUCAUCGCCUUGGGCUUUGCAUUUCACAAAGGCUCCUACCUCCGCAAUGGCUGGAAUGUAAUGGACUUCGUUGUCGUCCUCACAGGGAUCCUGGCCACGGUGGGUUCAGACUUUGACCUGCGAACUCUGCGAGCUGUCCGGGUGCUGAGACCCCUCAAACUUGUGUCAGGAAUCCCCAGUCUCCAGGUGGUCUUGAAGUCCAUAAUGAAAGCCAUGGUUCCUCUGCUUCAGAUCGGCCUGCUGCUCUUCUUCGCCAUUGUCAUGUUUGCCAUCAUCGGGGUGGAGUUUUACAUGGGGAAAUUCCACACCACCUGCUUCAGGAUAGACACUGGUGAGAAGGCUGUAGAUUGGCCUUGUGGUGUGGAGCUCCCUGCUAGGUUGUGUCCAAACGGGACAGUAUGCAGGGAGUACUGGACUGGACCCAACUUUGGUAUCACCAACUUUGACAACAUCCUGUUUGCAGUGCUGACUGUGUUCCAGUGCAUCACCAUGGAGGGCUGGGUGGACAUCCUCUACAGCACCAACGAUGUUGCAGGAAACACAUGGAACUGGCUCUAUUUCAUCCCUCUCAUCAUUAUCGGCUCCUUCUUCAUGCUCAACCUGGUGCUUGGUGUCCUCUCAGGAGAAUUUGCCAAAGAGAGAGAGCGCGUGGAGAAGAGGCAGGAGUUCCUGAAGCUUCGGAGGCAGCAGCAAAUCGAGAGAGAGCUCACUGGAUACUUGGAGUGGAUCUGCAAAGCAGAGGAGGUGUUGCUGGAGGAGGAAGAUGAGAUUGCCGAGGAGAAGUCCCCGCUGGAUGGUGCGUGGUACAAGAGGAAACAAAACCUGCCAGUUUUGAAGCGAGGCAAAGCAAAGAAGGGUAAAAAUGACCUGAUUGGUGCAGAGGAAGGGGAGGAUCCUUUUGCAGACAUCUCCUCUGUUGCUCCUCCGGGCUCCCCUUUUGGUCGCUCCAGUGUGAAAAGCAGCGGGAAGAUGGACAGCUCAACUUACUUCCGGCGUAAAGAGAAGAGGACCCGGUUCUUCAUCCGCCGCAUGGUGAAGGCUCAGAGCUUUUACUGGAUCGUUCUGUGUGUGGUGGGCCUCAACACUCUGUGUGUGGCCAUUGUGCACUACGACCAGCCUGACUGGCUAACAACAUCCCUCUAUGCUGCAGAGUUUGUUUUCCUCGGUUUGUUUCUGACAGAGAUGAGUUUGAAAAUGUACGGCCUUGGAGUGAGGAAUUAUUUCCAUUCCUCCUUUAACUGCUUUGAUUUUGGGGUGAUUGUGGGGAGUAUUUUUGAGGUGAUCUGGGACAUGAUCAAACCAGGAGCAUCAUUUGGCAUCAGUGUGUUGAGAGCACUGCGACUUCUCAGGAUAUUUAAAGUCACCAAGUACUGGAACUCCCUGAGAAACCUUGUCGUCUCCCUCCUGAACUCCAUGAAGUCCAUCAUCAGCUUGCUCUUCCUCCUCUUUCUGUUCAUCGUGGUCUUUGCUCUGCUGGGCAUGCAGCUCUUCGGAGGACAGUUUAACUUUGAAGAUGAGACGCCAACAACAAACUUUGACACCUUCCCUGCAGCCAUCCUCACCGUGUUUCAAAUUCUCACUGGUGAAGACUGGAACGCCGUGAUGUACCAUGGGAUCGAGUCUCAAGGAGGCGUGCGCCGUGGCAUGUUCUCCUCUGUCUACUUUAUCGUCCUCACGCUCUUUGGAAACUACACCCUCCUGAAUGUAUUCUUGGCUAUCGCUGUCGAUAACCUUGCAAACGCACAGGAGCUAACUAAGGAUGAAGAGGAGCAAGAGGAGGCAGCCAAUAAGAAGCUCGCCCUGCAGAAAGCUUUGGAGGUAAAGGAAGUGAGCCCGAUGUCAGCGGCCAACAUCUCCAUUGCUGCUUUUGUAAAGCAAAAUCGAGAUGCAAUCUCUCGCAGGUCGUCCAUCAACAGCAUUCAGUCACCUAAGGAGCAGCAGCGGUCGACAAAGUCCAUGUCAGUGUGGGAGCAGAGGACCAAUCAGCUGAGGAGGCACAACCUGAGAGCGAGCAGCGAGGCCUUGUUCAACGAGCUUGACCCUGAGGAACGCCUCCGCAUGACCACUGCCCUGCACCUCCAUCCUGACAUGAAGACUCACCUGGACCGGCCACUGCUGGUGGACGCCAGAGACGGCGAGAAUCCUAGUAAGCUCCCUGAUGGUCGGGAAGAGGUUGAAGACGGGAUGGGAGACAGUUUCCACUCACACUCCAGGAAGCAUCACCGGCACCGAGACAAGAACGGAGAGAGCAGAGAUGGAGGCAACGGAGGCCGGGGAGGGAGGCACCACACCCACCACAGCAGGAGCAGAGAUCCGAACGGCAACGGCAUCCAGACGAAAGAGAGGAGAGGAGAGAGGAGCCACAGUCGUGAAGGAGGGCAAGGACACAGGCACCACCAUCAGGCUGGCUCACCUGAAGAGGAGACCAAUGGCAUGAGAGGAAGUGAAGAAAAGGGCCAUCGACACCACCACACCCAUCGAACGGCAAAAGAGGGAAAUGGGAUGAUAGCUAAUGGUGCACAGGGGGAGCGCUGGAUGAAAGGAGGAGGAGGAGGGGAGAGUAAUGGAGAGAGAAAGGCACGCUGCUCACGGGUUCUCAGAGCUCAGUCUACACUGGACGGAGACGACUGUAAGAGGAACAAGAAUGGGACCAGAGGUCACUGGGACAGACAUCCAGAUGCUGAGGAGGACGGCCUCGCCUCUAGUCCCCUGCAGCCGAUGCGGAGCAGCCUGAGUCUCGGAGACAAACAAGAGGAUGCUGACAACCAGAAGAACUCCACCAGGGCCAGCCAGGCCGGCCUCAACAGCAAUGCCAUCCACAUCCCUGUUACUAUUACCGCCCCGCCUGGAGAAACCACCAUCAUACCCAUGAACAACAUCGACUGUGACAACUUCCCACUCAACGAGGAGAAGAAAGAUCUGAAGGAGGAGGAGGAAGCAGCUAACGGGCCGCGGCAGAUCCUUCCCUACAGCUCUAUGUUUGUCUUCGGGGUGACAAACCCAGUGCGACGGCUGUGUCACUACGUGGUCAACCUACGCUACUUUGAGAUGUGCAUCUUGAUCGUCAUUACCAUGAGCAGCAUCGCUCUGGCAGCAGAAGACCCUGUGCAAGCCAACGCACCCCGCAACAAUGUUCUCAAGUAUCUGGAUUAUGUCUUUACUGGAGUCUUCACUUUUGAGAUGGUGAUUAAGAUGAUCGAUUUGGGACUGCUCCUCCACCCUGGCUCUUAUUUUCGUGACCUGUGGAACAUUCUGGACUUCAUCGUGGUCAGCGGAGCCCUUGUCGCCUUCACCUGCUCAGGGACCAAAGGCAAAGACAUCAAUACCAUCAAGUCUCUGAGGGUCCUCCGAGUCCUGCGGCCACUUAAGACCAUCAAACGUCUGCCCAAGCUGAAGGCGGUGUUCGACUGUGUUGUGAACUCUCUGAAGAACGUUUUAAACAUCCUCAUCGUCUACAUCCUCUUCAUGUUCAUCUUCGCCGUCAUCGCUGUGCAGCUCUUCAAGGGAAAAUUCUUCUACUGCACAGAUGAAUCCAAGAGUUUGGAGAAAGACUGCAGGGGUCAGUUUCUGGACUAUGACAAAGAUGAUGUGACUGCUCAGCCCAGAGAGUGGAAGAAGUACGAGUUUCACUACGACAAUGUUCUCUGGGCCUUUCUAACACUCUUCACGGUCUCUACUGGAGAAGGCUGGCCUGUGGUCCUGAAACACUCUGUUGACGCCACCUACGAGGACCAGGGCCCCAACCCCGGCUUCCGCAUGGAGACCUCUAUCUUCUACGUGGUCUACUUUGUGGUAUUCCCGUUCUUCUUCGUCAACAUCUUUGUGGCUUUAAUCAUCAUCACCUUCCAGGAGCAGGGAGACAAGGCCAUGUCCGAGUGCAGCCUGGAGAAGAACGAGAGGGCUUGCAUCGACUUCGCCAUCAACGCUAAGCCGCUGACGAGAUACAUGCCAGAGAACAAGCAGUCCUUCCAGUACAAGAUGUGGAAAUUUGUUGUGUCACCUCCGUUCGAGUACGCCAUUAUGACUCUAAUCGCCCUCAACACAGUCGUGCUGAUGAUGAAGUUCUACGGAGCUCCAUACCUGUACGAGUCCAUGCUGAAAUACUUGAACAUCCUCUUCACAGCCCUCUUCACACUGGAGUGCAUCCUCAAGAUUAUUGCCUUCGGUCCACUGAACUACCUGAAAGCAGCCUGGAAUGUGUUCGACUUUGUGACUGUGCUUGGGAGCAUCACAGACAUCCUGGUCACAGAGAUUAAGACGGACAAGAUGAUCAACCUGAGUUUCCUGAGGCUGUUCAGAGCUGCUCGGCUCAUCAAGCUGCUGCGACAGGGCUACACCAUCCGCAUCCUGCUGUGGACCUUCGUUCAGUCCUUCAAGGCUCUGCCGUAUGUCUGCCUGCUCAUUGCAAUGCUGUUCUUCAUUUACGCCAUCAUUGGGAUGCAGGUGUUUGGAAACAUCGAGCUGAAUGAAGACACGGCUAUAUAUCACCACAACAACUUCCAGACCUUUUUCCAGGCCUUGACCCUUCUCUUCAGGAGUGCGACAGGAGAGGCGUGGCAUGAGAUCAUGCUAGCGUGUCUGAGUAACCGGAAAUGUGACACACUCUCAGGAAUUGGGGGGAAUGAGUGUGGAAGUGACUUUGCCUACUUCUACUUUGUCUCCUUCAUCUUCCUCUGCUCCUUCCUGAUGUUGAACCUUUUUGUUGCUGUCAUCAUGGACAACUUUGAGUACCUGACCAGAGAUGCCUCCAUCCUUGGGCCUCAUCACCUUGAUGAAUUCAUCCGCGUGUGGGCAGAGUAUGACCCUGCAGCCUGUGGCCGCAUGACUUACCGGGACAUGUACGAGAUGCUUCGCGACAUGUCUCCGCCGCUAGGUUUGGGAAAGAAAUGCCCCCCUCGAGUGGCGUACAAGCGUUUGGUGAAAAUGAACAUGCCCAUCGCUGAAGACAGCACCGUCCACUUCACCUCCACCCUCAUGGCUCUUAUCCGCACUGCCCUGGAAAUCAAACUAGCUUCUGGGGUCCUGGCGCAGCAUUUGUGCGACGCUGACCUGAAGAGGGAGAUAAACCGAGUGUGGCCAAGUCUGCCGCAGAAGACUGUUGACCUGUUGGUGACACCUCCGAAAUACAAUGAGCUGACUGUGGGGAAAGUCUACGCUGCUCAUAUGAUCUUUGACUACUACAAACAGAACCGCGCCAAGAGACUCCAACAGCAGAACGCUUCAGGGGGACCUCAGAGUAAACUGGGGGCUUUAUUCCGUCCUGUGCUGCCACUCACUCACAUACUGGAAGUUGAUCCUCCAGUUUCCAGCCAAAAACAGCCAAUCACACCUGAACCUAAGCCAGAGGUGAAGCCAGAGAUCCUGCCCACUACCUGCCUCACUGCUGCCACCAGGGACACAAUACUGAACCAGAGGAGUGGGAUCAAACAUUCGCAGUCUGGAGACAUUUCUCAGACAGCACAGCGGCCCAAAGCCCGGAAGAAACUACAGAGAGGCCAGUCAGAGGAUGUGCCAUACUCCCCUCGACCUCAGGAACUGGUUGAACUGAAGCAGGUGGAGAACAUCUCAGACACAGAGGGAUAUCCAAACCUUGAGGGUCACUGCAGAGCUGCUUCACUGCCUCGCCUCAAUGCUGAGUACUACCGGAGCCACCCACGCCACGCCCCUGGGACCCACCUGGCACCGAUUGUUGACCUCAGUCCGAUCAGACGCUCAGCAUCCUCACUGACACAGCAACACCAUCUGGAGGGCGGGCUGAGGGAGUAUAACCUGGACCGGACCGGACCCUCAUCAGCAGGGUCAGGACAAGUCCAGAGCCAGGACAGAGCCCACCACCAUCACCACCACCACCGCUGCCAUCGACGCAGAGACAAGGACAAAGACAAGAAGCAGAAGUCAUUGGAUAGAGCUGCUUCUGUGCAGCCAUCCAGCACUGUUGAUUCAUUCACCGACCCUUCAGCUGAAGGCCUGUCCAGAGAAAGAGCGAGAGAGCGCGACCGCAGCCGGCCGCAUGAGAGGAGGCAUCACUCGUCAGCGGGAGAGAAGCAGCGCUACUAUUCUUGUGAGCGAUAUGGCAGCAGGGAGCAGUUUCACGCCAAGUCAGCAGGUCCAAGUCGAUCCACGUCUCCCGGAGAGCAUGGUAGCACUAUGGGUAAAUCCAUCCCUGUUACGCUUCCUUCUGGUUCAAGCACUCCAGGUCGCAGUCGCAGGCAGCUCCCACAGACGCCUCUCACCCCUCGUCCUGCUGUCGCCUACAAGACCGCCAACUCCUCUCCUCUCCCAUCAGGUGCCAGCACCACUAUGACAGGGCAUCAGACUCGCUUCAGCCGUGGCCUUUCAGAGCACGAUCGCUUAUUCGGGGGCCUUGAGGAGUCCCCAAUACCGAUCACUCGCAUCGGUUCAGACCCUAAUCUAAACCGGCAGCAGCAGGCUGGGUCUCAGCAGGCCCACUCCGAGGAUUCAGAGGACUUCCAGGACACUGUGAGCAGCUUUGAAGGGGGGCGCUCUGCCAGAACCACGGCCUCUACUACAGCCUCAUCCUCACAAGGAACUGCAGCCACGCCUGUCACUGUGCCUGCCAUGCAGGGCCGGGUGGGGCCGGUGCCGGUGCCCAAUGGGUAUCACUUCACUCUCGGGGUCAACUCUGCAUCUGGGCCUGGGGGCCGAGGAACAGGCAGUCUCAGGGAGAGGGAUGAAGAUGAUUGGUGCUAACAUGGCAGAAAGCUUUUAGCGGGCAACAGUGAGGCUCUACUGUGAGGCUUGUCAGGUCUGAUGAGCUGAUACAACGACAGAAGGAAAGAUACGCAGAAAAAGCCAGUAGAUAGUGCUCUAAAAGGGGAUCAGAAAUCAUUCCAGAUUUGUAGUCCUAAUCUUCUUUUUUAUAAAGUCUUUAGGGAAAAAACACUGAUGACUUUUCUACCCCCUUUACUUGCACUGAAAUUAUAGCACAAGUGAAGACCCUUAAGUAUUUUGCCUUUGCCAGUAAAAUCAGUGUUGAAGCAGAAGUCAGAAGCCAAAAUGUCUGAAGUGAAUCUCUGAAGUGUUUCAGGCUUAUCUGAAUGCCUCAUUUCUGGUAUAAACAUAGCUGCUCACAACACUGUUUUUAUUUUUAUACGUUUCAUGUGUUCAUAUUUUCUGUUUUAACUUGAUCAAGUUAAAGCUAUCACCAAAUUAUGAUUUUAUCUUCAUCAGCCAUUACUUCAGGAUUAUUACCAGAGCGGUCAUUAGGAAAACAAAGUGAUGUUCUGUCAUGAUGCAGUGAGUAAUGUGACAAAGUUUUAACACUGGAUGGGAGAGAGCAGGUCAAAGUUUGAGUUCUUUAUUAUUAUUUUUUGUAAAUUGUACCACAUUCUACUUUUUUUGUGGUGCAAUUAGGGACUGGAUAUCUCUUUCUGAUGUUCUGUGGCUGAAUACUAAGUGCCUCGUUUUCCAAGAUGUAUCUGAGCAGAUGGACUUGAACAUAAAAUAGAGGAUGUAAGUAUGUAAAAGUAUAAAGAACAAAGUUUGGAUCUGGUAAAAUGAACAGAAUGCAAAAAAAAUCUUCUUUCGUACUGAAUCUUGUUGUAGGUGAGUCAGAACUACAGAUCCAAAGUAAGCAAUGUAGUGCAUGCCAGGGUCUUGAACUUGUCAAAAAAUAGUGUCUGUACUUUUGCUUAAGGGUGUGUAGUAAGCACUUGCCUUUCUCUUUCAAAUAUACUGCCAGUCCGUUGGUAGACAUGAUCUCUGAGUGGAGAAAAGUGCCAUUUUUAUUUCUUAUCAACCAAACAAUCCAUAUUCAGAACCACUUGCCUCCUUGAGCAUUCAGAAUAUAUCUCAUCUCUGCCAUAUUUGCCCACAUUUCAUGGGUUCUCUUAUCUCUUUCCUCUCAAAGCAGUAUUGUGCGAAGGUUCAUAGGCGAGGCUACCUGUUCACAGGUACACCUGACAGGUUGUGUUGUUGCUGCAGACUGUUGACUUCAAGUAGGGCUAUGCAACAAGACGACACUUCAUCUGCCCUGUAGCUUUACCCUCUGGAAAUCUCCAGGUUCAGGCUUUAGUGUGACUGCGACCAAAUUUUACAUUAAAUGUAUGAAGAGUUGUAAAUUGUAAAUGUAUUAUAAGAUGUACAGUGAAGUGAUAAACACACACUGAGGCACAAAAUGCUAUCAAAGCUGAUACUUAUGAAACACAGGGCAUUUUUAAAGGUUGGCAAGUUGGCUGCAUGACGCCUACUCAGACUGAACCACCCAAAAUGUAAAACUGUGCUCCUCUCAGACUUGGGUCAAGUUUUAUUUUUAGCUCUUUUAAUGAGUUUUAAACUUGCUAAGUAAACCACAACCAAGGUUAUUUCAUUGGCAAAGAAAAAACAAAUAUUUCCUGUUGGAUAUUGAGAAUUUUAAAGGAUAAGUGCAAACUGUAACUAAGGACAUUUUUAUCAUUACUUUUAUUCAAAUCA